AUGAGAAAUAGGCAGAGAAAGCUUUACACAAACAACCCUAGUAGUGGUUGGUAUGGCUACAAACAAUCGAAAUGGAGUCACAUUGUGUUCGAACACCCUGCAACAUUUGAAAAUCUUGCAAUGGAGAAGAAGAAAAAAGAAGAAGUUAUUAAAGAUCUUUUGAAGUUUAGAAAUGGUAAGGACUAUUAUGAAAAAAUCGAAAUCACUGGAAACACGGGGACAGGUAAAUCUACUAUGAUAGCUGCUAUGGCGAAUUUCAUGAACUAUUAUGUUUAUGAUCUUGAAUUAACUGCGAUUAAGGAUAAUACCGAGUUAAGAAAGUUAUUAAUUGAAACUUCUAGUUGUUAUAAAGCUAUUAUAGUAGUUGAAGAUAUUGAUUGUUCAUUAGAUUUUACUAGUCAAAGGAAGAUUAAUAAGGAGAAAAAUGUGGAAGAAGAAUUAAUAGAUCAAAAAGACUAUUAUCAUAGUAAAAAAGAUAUUGAAGAAGAGAAUAGUAGUAAUAGUAGUAAGAUUAGUAAAGUAACUCUAUCGGGUUUGUUGAAUUUUAUCGAUGGAAUUUGGUCGGCAUGUGGAGGGGAAAGGAUUAUAAUUUUUACGACGAAUUUUGUGGAGAAACUUGAUCAUGCUCUUAUAAGGAGAGGAAGAAUGGACAAACAUGUUGAGCUGUCUUAUUGUUGUUUUGAGGCAUUUAAGGUUCUUGUUAAGAAUUAUUUGGAUAUUGAGUCACAUGUUUUGUUCGAUGAGAUUGGUGAUUUGUUGGAAGUGGUUGACAUGACACCUGCUGAUGUUGCUGAGAAUUUGAUGCCUAAGUCUGUGAAUGAAGAUGUUGAGAGUAGUUUGAGGAAUUUGAUUGAAGCACUUGAGAAGAAUAAAGUGGAAGGAAUUGUGGAAGAUGUUAAGGAAGAUGGUUUUGUUGUGAGUGGGAAAUGA